AUGUUCACCUGUACAGAGAGACCAGUCCCAAUCCUUGCCAAGACUCUCAAGGGCGUCGCUUUAAAUCGCAGCCUGACCUCUCCACCCAGGAACAGCGGAGCAAUCUCCAACCCCCGGAGAUCAACAAGACAACACCCUGGACCAGCACCCUGGAACCCCCAGCCAUGGCCACAGCACCACCAACCUCAAUGCCCACCACAGCCAGCGCAGACCACCCCAGCCCAGUUUCUGACCCACCCAGACGAGGCCUACCACCCCCCUCCCUCCCACCGUAGACCCACACCUGAAGGAGCUACGGCCCGGCAGGCAGAGCUAUGCACAGGCUGUGAGAGGAGCAACUGGCCCAGCCCCCGCCAAACGAAAUUACUGACAUUAAAACAAAUACUGAAUCUACUAUGCUCACAUGUGAUAGGCCGAGGGUCAUGGUAAGAUGAGCACAAUAACUCCACCAUCCUCACACUACAUCCACCCAAGUGGCAUGACACAAAUGCUAUCUUAAAUGAUAAACAAAUCACAUUUGCAUAAUAAGAGUUUAUGUUAAUAGAAAAAAAAUCAUAUUUUAAUAGUUAUUGUUGGAUUGUGAGUGUUUAUUUCAUUUUGAAGUUAAGAAAAAAACAGCUAUGAAGUCUUUUUACGUUGCAUGUUGGAAUUUACAAGGUUUGAAGUCCUCUGCUUUUGGGCUAAAGAGCAGAAACCCAGACUUCCUUAAAGAAAUUGAUGAUGUUGAUAUUGUAGUUGUCAGGUGUUGAGUGUGGAUGCGGUGAGGGAAUCAAGCGCAGGAAACACGGGCGUUCGUCAACAGACUUUAGUAAACAAAAAAGCAGCACCAAACAGGCGAACAGCCAACCCAACCGGGAAGCAAAGUACAAAAUUACGCACAACACACACAGUGCGUAAAAAUGAAUAAAGCGCACACAGUGCGGACUCUCGGGAAAAACAACAAACACGAGAGUAUACAACAGAGCAACAGCUUGACAAUGAACAAUACCACAUAACACCUGCCCCCACACACGAAAACUAAAUAGGCAACCAAAUCAAACACUAACAAGGGACAGGUGUACAAACAGACAAAACCAAACAAACACAGCUAGUACUCCGGGGACGACGACCGCCGAAGCCUGCCCGAACAAGGAGGAGGAGCAGCCUCGGCCGAAACCGUGACAGUACCCCCCCCCUUGACGCGCGGCUCCAGCCGUGCGCCGAUCCCGGCCUCGGGGACGACCAGGACGACGCGGAGCAGGGCGCGUAGGAUGACCCCGAUGGAACUCGGUCAGCAGGGACAGGUCUAAUAUGUCCCUCCUCGGCACCCAGCACCGCUCCUCCGGGCCGUACCCCUCCCACUCCACGAGAUAUUGGAGACCCCCCAUCCGGCGUCUCGAAUCAAGGAUGGACCUCACAGUGUACGCCGGAGCCCCCUCGAUGUCCAACGGGGGCGGAGGAGUCUCUUCUAUCUCAUAGUCCUGGAGUGGACCAGCUACCACCGGCCUGAGGAGAGACACAUGGAACGAGGGGUUAAUAUUCCUGUAAUCAAUAGGCAGUUCUAACCUGUAACACACCUCGUUCAACCUCCUCAGGACUUUGAAUGGCCCCACAAACCGCCGACCGACCCAGCUUCCGGCAGGGCAGGCGGAGGGGCAGGUUCCUGGUCGAGACCCAGACUCGAUCUCCAGGUGCGUACACAGGCCCCUCACUGCGGUGGAGAUCGGCGCUCGUCUUAUGCCGACGGAUGGCCCACUGCAGAUGAACGUGGGCAGCGUUCCAUGUCUCCUCCGAGCGCCGCACCCACUCAUCCACCGCAGGGGCCUCGAUCUGGCUCUCGUGCCAAGGUGCCAGAACCGGCUGGUACCCUAACACACACUGGAAAGGGGUUAGUUGGGUGGAGGAGUGGCGGAGAGAGUUCUGUGCCAUCUCGGCCCACGGAACGUAUCUCGCCCACUCCUCCGGCCGGCCCUGGCAAUAAGACCUCAGAAACCUACCCACAUCCUGGUUGACACGUUCAACCUGCCCAUUACUCUCCGGGUGGUAACCCGAGGUAAGGCUCACCGAAACCCCCAACCGUUCCAUAAACGCUCUCCACACUCUGGAGGUGAACUGGGGGCCUCGAUCAGACACUAUAUCCUCGGGUACCCCGUAAUGCCGGAAGACAUGGGUGAACAGAGCCUCAGCAGUCUGUAGGGCAGUAGGGAGACCCGGCAUGGGAAGGAGACGACAGGCCUUCGAGAACCGAUCCACAACGACCAGGAUGGUAGUAUUCCCCUGUGAGGGGGGAAGGUCGGUAACAAAAUCCACCGAGAGGUGGGACCAGGGUCGUUGUGGAACGGGCAGGGGUUGUAGCUUACCCCUGGGCAAAUGUCUGGGCGCCUUACACUGGGCACACACCGAACAGGAGGAGACAUAAAUCCUCACAUCCCUGGCUAACGUUGGCCACCAGUACUUAGUGCUCAGGCAGUGAACUGUCCGGCCGAUACCUGGAUGUCCAGAGGAGAGGGACGUAUGAGCCCAAUAAAUGAGGCGAUCGCGUACCUCGAGCGGAACGUACGUCCGACCCACUGGACACUGUGGAGGACUUGGGUCGGUGCGUAACGCCCGCUCGAUCUCUGCAUCGACCUCCCAUACCACCGGUGCAACCAGACAAGACUUUGGUAGUAUGGGAGUGGGCUCAACGGACCUCUCCUCCGUGUCAUACCGCCGAGACAGGGCAUCUGCCUUCCCGUUCUGGGACCCAGGGAUGUAAGUGAUCUUAAACACAAACCGGGCUAGAAACAUAGUCCAGCGAGCCUGGCGAGGAUUCAGUCUCCUAGCUGCCCGGAUGUAUUCCAGGUUACGGUGGUCAGUCAAAAUGAGGAAAGGGUGUUGAGCCCCCUCAAGCCAAUGCCUCCACACCUUUAGGGCCUGUACCACGGCUAACAGCUCCCUGUCCCCUACGUCAUAAUUCCGCUCCGCCGGACUGAGCUUCUUAGAAUAAAAGGCACAGGGGCGGAGUUUAGGUGGUGUGCCAGACCGUUGUGAGAGAACGGCCCCAAUACCGGCCUCGGACGCGUCUACCUCUACCUGGAAUGGUAAAGCGGGAUCCGGAUGCGCCAACACCGGCGCCGAGGUAAACAGGUCCUUCAGUCUCCCAAAAGCCCUGUCCGCCUCAGCUGACCACCGCAAGCGCACCGGACCCCCCUUCAACAGAGACGUUAUGGGAGCUGCCACCUGUCCAAAACCCCGGAUAAACCUCCGGUAGUAAUUCGCAAAACCCAAGAACUGUUGCACCUCUUUCACAGUGGUUGGGGUUUGCCAAUUACGCACAGCUGACACCCGGUCAACCUCCAUCUUCACCCCUGACGCAGACAACUGAUAACCCAAAAAGGAGACCGACUUCUGAAAGAACAGACAUUUCUCUACCUUGACAUAUAGGUCAUGCUCCAACAGCCUCCUCAACACUCGGCGCACCAGGGCUACAUGCUCUGCUCGGGUAGAACUGUACACCAGAAUAUUGUCUAUGUACACGACUACUCCCUGCCCCUGCAUGUCCCGGAAAAUCUCAUCGACGAAGGAUUGGAAGACUGAGGGAGCAUUCAUUAACCCAUAUGGCAUGACGAGAUACUCGUAAUGACCGGAGGUCGUGCUAAACGCUGUCUUCCAUUCAUCGCCCUCUCUAAUGCGCACCAAGUUAUAUGCGCUCCUGAGAUCCAAUUUUGUGAAGAACUGAGCACCGUGUAAUGAUUCCGUCAUAGUCGCAAUCAGAGGAAGUGGAUAGCUGUACUUCACCGUAAUCUGAUUGAGACCGCGGUAAUCAAUACACGGGCGCAGACCUCCAUCUUUUUUCUUCACAAAAAAGAAGCUUGAGGAAGCGGGUGAAGUGGAGGCCCGUAUGUAUCCCUGUCUCAGAGACUCGGCGAUGUAAGUUUCCAUCGCCUUCCUCUCCUCUUGAGACAAGGGAUACACAUGGCUCCGCGGGAGGGCUGCUCCUAACUGGAGAUCUAUCGCACAAUCCCCCCGUCUAUGAGGCGGCAGCUGCGCCGCUCUAGUCUUACUAAACACCAGUGUCAAAUCCUCAUACUCGGGGGGAAUAUGCAGUGCAGGCAUUAGAUUCAGACUUUCCACCGAGGUCGCCCCUAUGAAAACACCCAGACACAGCCCCUCACACUGAGCAGACCACCCUUUAAGAGCUUUCUCUCGCCACGAUAUAGUAGGGUCAUGGGUAAUCAACCAGGGAAGCCCCAGCACCACCGGAUACGCAGGAGAGUCAAUCAGGUAGAGCUGAAUCGUCUCCUCAUGACCCCCCUGCGCCUCCAUCUUAAGGGGCGCUGUGACCUCCCUAAUCAACCCAGAUCCUAACGGACGGCUAUCUAGGGCAUGUACAGGGAAAGGCUUAUCAACGGGAAGGAGAGGAAUCCCUAAUUCUACACAGAACUGGCGAUCUACAAAGUUCCCAGCUGCGCCUGAAUCGACUAGUGCCUUAUGCUGGGAACGAGGUGCUACCUGUGGAAAACAAACAGGCAAGGUUAUGUGAACGACAGAAAGCUCUGGGUAAGUAGGGCGCCUACUCACCUGCUGACUCCAUGUGGGAUGUGGUAUUCUGUCAGGUGUUGAGUGUGGAUGCGGUGAGGGAAUCAAGCGCAGGAAACACGGGCGUUCGUCAACAGACUUUAGUAAACAAAAAAGCAGCACCAAACAGGCGAACAGCCAACCCAACCGGGAAGCAAAGUACAAAAUUACGCACAACACACACAGUGCGUAAAAAUGAAUAAAGCGCACACAGUGCGGACUCUCGGGAAAAACAACAAACACGAGAGUAUACAACAGAGCAACAGCUUGACAAUGAACAAUACCACAUAACACCUGCCCCCACACACGAAAACUAAAUAGGCAACCAAAUCAAACACUAACAAGGGACAGGUAUACAAACAGACAAAACCAAACAAACAUGAAACAUCGAACGGUGGCAGCUAGUACUCCGGGGACGACGACCGCCGAAGCCUGCCCGAACAAGGAGGAGGAGCAGCCUCGGCCGAAACCGUGACAGUAGUACUACAGGAAACAUGGUGCAGAGGUGAUGUUUCCACUGGCUGUCCACUAGGUUAUAGGGAGAUAAUCGUACCGUCCACCAAAUUAAAAGGAAUCACACAGGGCAGAGACUCAGGGGCAAUGCUAAUAUGGUAUAAAUCUGAACUAACUAAUUCAAUCGAAUUGAUAAAAACAGGAGAAUGCUUUAUCUGGUUAAAAAUCAACAAGGAGGCUAUCUUAACAGAUAACAACGUCUUCCUCUGUGCCACGUACAUUCCCCCCUCAGAGUCACCCUACUUCAUUCUAGAUGGGGAGAUUAGUCACUUUCAGGCCCAAGGCAACGUACUGGUCUGUGGAGACCUGAAUGCUAGAACAGCAGAAGAACUAGACACUAUUAACUGUCAUGGGGACAAACACCUCCCGGGAAGCAACAACCUUUCCCUCCCCACAUACCCCCCCCAGAAACAACUAUGACAAAAUGGAGUACAGCUCCUGAAGCUCUGUCGAACACUGGGUCUGUACAUUGUCAAUGGUAGGCUAAGAGGGGACGCUUUUGGUAGGUACACCUACAGCUCAUCCCUUGGCAGCAGUGCUGUAGACUACUUCAUCACCAACCUCAACCUAGAGUCUCUCAGAGGCUUCACAGUUAGCCCACUAACACCUCUCCCAGACCACAGUAAAAUCACAGUGUAUAUGAGAAGAGCAGAACCAACCAUGAAGCAUCAUGGCCCAAUAAAUUACAUGGUACUAAACAGGCCUAUAGAUGGAGUGCAAACAGUACAGAAAUCUACCAAAAAGCUAUUAGUAGCCAAAACAUACAAUCUCUCCUUGACAACUUUUUAGCCUUAACAUUCUCCUACAGCAAUGAAGGCUGUUUGGAACAUAAACUUUAUAUUUGACAAAUUAGCCUCCUUGGCUAAUGUAAAGAAACAUAAGAGCAAACCAAAAAUAAUAGAUCAUGAAAAAUGGUUUGAUAAUGAUUGCAAAAAAUAUAAGAAAGUAAUUGAGAAAUAUAUCUAAUCAAAAACACAGACAACAAAAAUAUACGCCUUCAAUAUGGGGAAACACUGAAGCAAUACAAACACAAUCUAAGAACAAAAAAGGGAGAGCACAUUAGAAAUUGCUGGAUGUAAUUGAGGAAUCCAUAGAAUCAAACCACUUCUGGGAGAAUUGUAGUAAAUUAAACAAACCUCAUCAUGAGGAAUUGGCUAUCCAAAAUGGGGAUAUGUGGAGAAAUCACUUUGCAAACCUCUGCAGCAAUAUAACAAAGAUACAGAACAACAAGAUAUACAAGAAAAAUUACUAAUCCGUGAAUCAGCAGUCAAAGACUAUCAGAAUGCUGUGGAUACCCCAAUUACAGAACAAUAAUUAUUGGAAAAACUAUGCACUCUCCAACCCAAAAAGGCCUGUGGUGCUGAUGGUAUUUUAAAUGAAAUGAUCAAAUAUACAGACUGCAAAUUCAAAUUGACUAUAUUCAAACUCUUCAACAUUAUCCUCACUGCAGGUGCUUGUGACACUCUGGCUCUGGGACUUUUGUAUUUGAGCCAGGGUGUAUUUUGUUUUGUUGGGUUUUGGUUUGGUUAUGUUGGGCAUUUGGGUUAUUUCUAGGUUUGCCUUUCUGUUGGUUUCAUUUCUAGGUUUGGUCGAUGACUCCCAAUCGGAGGUAACGAGUGUCAGCUGUCGGCUCGUUAUCUCUGAUUGGGAGCCAUAUUUAUUCUGUAUGUUUUCUUGUGGGAGUUGUGGGUUUUUGUUCCUGUUUAGUCUUUGUCACUAUUGGACUUCACAUUCGUCGCUUUGGUUUGUUGUUGUUGGUUGCUUUAAGUAAAUAAAGUCAACAUGUUCUUUUCACUCGCUGCGCCUUGGUCUUACUUAGACGACAUCGACCCACGUGACAGAAAAACCCACCAUAAAAGGACCAAGCAGCAUGUCAAGCGGCAACAGGAUUUAUGGACGCCUAUCAAGGAUUCAUGGACUUGGGAGGAGAUUCUGGAUGGAAAGGGUCCUUGGGCACAACCGGGAGAGUAUCGCCGCCCUCGUGAAGAGCUGGAGGCAGCUAAAGCCGAGAGGAGGCGGUAUGAGGAGGCAGCACGGAGUCAAGGCUGGAAGCCCGUGGGUACUACCCAAAAAUUUAUUGGGGGGGGGCUUAAAGGGAGUGUGGCGAAGUCAGGUAGGAGACCUGCGCCUACUCCCUGGACUUACCGUGGAGAGCGAGAGUACGGGCAGACACCGUGUUACGCAGUAGAGCGCAUGGUGUCUCCUGUACGCAGGCAUAGCCCGGUUCGACACAUUCCAGCUCCACGUAUCGGCCGGGCUAGAUUGAGCAUUGAGCCGGAUGUCAUGAAGCCGGCCCAACGCAUCAGGCCACCAGUGCGUCUUCUCGGUCCGGCGUACAUGGCACCAGCCUUACGCAUGGUGUUCCCGGUUCGCCCUCAUAGGCCGGUGCGGGUUAUUCCACCUCCCCGUACUGGUCGGGCGACGGGGAGCAUCAACCCGGGUAAGGUUGGGCAGGCUCAGUGCUCAAGGGGGCCAGUAAGCCUGCACGGUCCGGUGUUUCCGGCGCCACCUCCCCGCUCCAGCCCAGUACCACCAGUGCCUACACCACGCACUAGGCUUCCUGUAAGUCUGCAGAGCCCUGUGUCUCCUCCACGCACUAGCUGUAUGGUGCGUGUCUCCAGCCUUUUCCCACCAGUGCCUACACCACGCACCAAGCCUCCUGUGUGUCCCCCGAGUCCUGUGCGUCCUGUUGCUGCUCUCCGCACUAGCCCUUAUGUGCGUCCUCAGGGUCCAGCAUGCCCUGUUCCGGCUCUCCGCACUAGGCUUUAUGUGCGUUCCCAGGGUCCAGCAUACCCUGUUGCUUCUCCCCGCACUAGCCCUGAGAUGCGUGUCCUCAGCCCGGUACCUCCAGUUCCGGCACCACGCACCAGGCCUACGGUGCGCCUCAGACGGCCAGAGUCUGCCGUCUGCCCAACGGGGCCUGAACUGCCCGUCUGCCCAAAGGCGCUUAAGCCGCCCGUCUGCCAUGAGCCUUCAGAGCCGUCCGCCAGACCGGAGCCGCUAGAGUCUUCCGCCAGACAGGAUCAGCCAGAGCCUUCCGCCAGACAGGAUCAGCCAGAGCCUUCCGCCAGCCAUGAGCAGCCAGAUCCGUCAGCCAGCCAUGAGCAGCCAGAUCCGUCAGCCAGCCAUGAGCAGCCAGAUCCGUCAGCCAGCCAUGAGCAGCCAGAUCCGUCAGCCAGCCAUGAGCAGCCAGAUCCGUCGGCCAGCCAUGAGCAGCCAGAUCCGUCGGCCAGCCAUGAGCAGCCAGAUCCGUCAGCCAGCCAUGAGCAGCCAGAUCCGUCGGCCAGCCAUGAGCAGCCAGAUCCGUCGGCCAGCCAUGAGCAGCCAGAUCCGUCAGCCAGCCAUGAGCAGCCAGAUCCAUCAGCCAGCCAUGAGCAGCCAGAUCCUUCAGCCAGCCAUGAGCCGUCCAGCCAGGAUCCGCCAGAGCCGUCCAGCCAGGACCCGCCAGAGCCAGCCAGCCAGGAUCCGCCAGUGAGUCCGGUGCUGUCCCUUAGCCCGGUGCUGCCCCUUAUCCUGGUGCUGCCCCUUAGUCCGGUACUGCCCCUUAGUCCGGUGCUGCCCCUUAGUCCGGUGCUGCCCGUUAGUCCGGUGCCGCCCCUUAAUCCAGUGGGGUUUAGUUGGGGGGUGGUCAUGUGGAGGAGGCUACGGAAGCGGAUAGUGACUAAGGUGGGGUGGGGACCACGACCAGGGCCAGAACCGCCACCGGUGGACAGACGCCCACCCAGACCCUCCCUUAGACUGUAUGCUGGUGCGCCCGGAGUGCGCACCUUUAGGGGGGGGUACUGUGACACUCUGGCUCUGGGACUUUUGUAUUUGAGCCAGGGUGUAUUUUGUUUUGUUGGGUUUUGGUUUGGUUAUGUUGGGCAUUUGGGUUAUUUAUAGGUUUGCCUUUCUGUUGGUUUCAUUUCUAGGUUUGGUCGAUGACUCCCAAUCGGAGGUAACGAGUGUCAGCUGUCGGCUCGUUAUCUCUGAUUGGGAGCCAUAUUUAUUCUGUAUGUUUUCUUGUGGGAGUUGUGGGUUUUUGUUCCUGUUUAGUCUUUGUCACUAUUGGACUUCACAUUCGUCGCUUUGGUUUGUUGUUGUUGGUUGCUUUAAGUAAAUAAAGUCAACAUGUUCUUUUCACUCGCUGCGCCUUGGUCUCCUUCACUCCUCGACGAACGUGACAGUGCUUUCCCCGAUAUGUGGAACCAAGGAUUGAUCACACCAAUCUAUAAAAAUGGAGACAAAUUUGACCCAAAUAACUACAGAGGAAUUUGCAUUAAUAGCAACUUGGGAAAUAAUUAUCGUACAACAGACCACAUUUUCACCCUCCAGACUCUAAUUGACAAACAAGUCAACCAAAACAAAGGCAAAAUCUACUCGUGUUUUGUAGUCUUCAAGAAAGCAUUUGAUUCAAUUUGGCACAAAGGUCUUUUUUAUAAACUAAUAGAAAGUGGUAUUGGAGGGAAAACAUAUGAUGUUAUUAAAUCAAUGUACACUAAAAACAAAUGUGCGGUUAAAAUUGGCAACAAGCAAACAGACUUCUUCUCUCAGGGACGUGGCGUGAAACAUUUUCCAAUCAGUUAUAGAACCAAUUGCUCUAUAUGGCAGCGAAGUAUGGGGUCCCCUCUCUAAUAAUGAAUUUACUAAAUGGGACAAACAUCCAAUCAAAAUACUGCAUGCAGAGUUUUGCAAGACUGUAUUGCAAGUGCAAAGAAAAACUCAAAAUAACGCAUGUAGAGCAGAAAUGGGCCAAUACCCCCUCCAUAUCCGAAUAGAAAAAAGAGCCAUCAAAUUUUACAACCAUCUAAAAACAAGUGACCCCAAAACAUUCCAUCACACAGCUCUACAAUGUCAAGAGAUGAAACAAGAGAAGAGUCCCCUCAGCCAGCUGGUUCUGAGACUCAGUUCACUAACCAAAACCAACCUCAUAGAGCCUCAGGACAGCACUCAGAAAAUCUGGCCCAAUCAAAUCAUCACAAAGCAAAAAGAAAAAUAUAUUACCUAUUGGAAAGACACCACAAAAAAUCAAAGUAAACUUCAAUGCUAUUUGGCUCUAAGCAGACAGUAAAUUGUGGCAGACUAUCCGACCACUGUGACUGAUAGAAAACUGAGGAAAACAAUGACUAGUGUCACGCUCUGGCUCCGGGACUUUGUAUUUUGAGCCAGGGUGUGUUCGUUUUGGUUUUGUGUUUCCCUUAUUUGGUCAAAUGACUCCCAAUCGGAGGUAACGAGUGUCAGCUGUCGGCUCGUUAUCUCUGAUUGGGAGCCAUAUUUAAACUGUCUGUGUUCACCUUGUGUUUGUGGGAUUUUGUUCGUGUGGUUCGUGUUGUACCAUUAGACGUCACGUUUUCGUUGUUUAUUGUUUUGUUCGUGUGAACGUUGAAAUAAAUAGUAAUAUGUUCGCUCGCAACGCUGCGCCUUGGUCCUUUUUAUAUGACGAUCUUGACAGAAAAUCCCACCAAGACCAGACCAAGCAGCGUGUCCAAGGGCCAUCGCCAAAUGAUCUCCGUGGCAGCUUCGACUGGGUCAAGCCCAUUGAGGAGUUGAGUGAGGAGGGUUGGAGACAGAGGAGCGAGAGGUGGGAGAGAAUGUUGGAGGCCUGGAGAGACCCCCAGAAAAUUUUUAGGGGGGGGCUCACGACGUCGGGGCAGCAGGAGGCCGCUAUGGAGCGGUCCAGCGGGGUUGCAGAAGAGGCCGCCAGGUUACGGGGGCCACUGGUAGAAGAGGGGAUGGUAGGUGUAGAGGCACGGCGAGAGGUACUGGCGGGUGUUGCCAGUCCGGUCCGGCCCGUUCCAGAUCCCGGUGUAGAGCCAGUGGUGUGUGUCCCCAGUACGGUCCGGUCUAUUCCUGCUCCCCGCACCAAACCUACGGUGUGCGUCGACAGCCCAGCCCGGCCCGUUCCUACGCUCCGCACCGAGUCUGUGGUGCGCGUCGCCAGCCCAGCCCGGCCCGUUCCUGCGCUCCACACAGAGUCUGAGGUGCGCUUCGCCAGCCCAGCCCGGCUUCUUCCUGCUCCACGCACAAAGCCCACGGUGUGCGUCGCCAGCCCGACCCGGCCUGUUCCUGCUACUCGCACCAAACCAGGGGUGCGAGUCGCCAGCCUGGUUCAACCCGUUCCUGCUACUCGCACCAAGCCAGGGGUGCGAGUCGUCAGCCUGGUCCAGCCCGUUCCUGCUACUCGCACCAAACCAGGGAUGCGAGUCGUCGGCCUGGUCCAGCCCGUUCCUGCUACUCGCACCAAGCCAAGGGGGCGAGUCGUCAGCCUGGUCCGGCCUGUUCCUGCUACUCGCACCAAGCCAAGGGUGCGAGUCGUCAGCCCGGUCCAGCCCAUUCCUGCUACUCGCACCAAGCCAGGGAUGCGAGUCGUCAGCCUGGUGAGGUCCGUUCCGGCUCCACGCACCAAGCCUAGGGUGCGUAUCGUCAGCCAGGUCCGGUCCGUUCCUGCCUCACGCGCUAAGCCAGGGAUGCGCGUCGUCAGUCCUGAUCCAGCCAGCUGGGUCAGAUCGGAUCGGGGCCAUUAUGCGGGGAUUGAAGUAGGGUGGUGGUCAAGCCCGGAGCCGGAGCCGCCUCCGAGGAGCAACACCCACCCAGCCCUCCCCUAUUUUGGGGGUUUGAGGCGCGGUCGCAGUCCGCGCCUUUAGGGGGGGGUACUGUCACGCUCUGGCUCCGGGACUUUGUAUUUUGAGCCAGGGUGUGUUCGUUUUGGUUUUGUGUUUCCCUUAUUUGGUCAAAUGACUCCCAAUCGGAGGUAACGAGUGUCAGCUGUCGGCUCGUUAUCUCUGAUUGGGAGCCAUAUUUAAACUGUCUGUGUUCACCUUGUGUUUGUGGGAUUUUGUUCGUGUGGUUCGUGUUGUACCAUUAGACGUCACGGUUUCGUUGUUUAUUGUUUUGUUCGUGUGAACGUUGAAAUAAAUAGUAAUAUUUUCGCUCGCAACGCUGUGCCUUGGUCCUUUUUAUAUGACGAUCUUGACAACUAGGUACAGAUUCAGUGAGCACAGUCUGGCUAUAGUCUGUCGUCCAGGGUAGGGGAGGGAAUGACCGGCAGGGAUGUAGCUCAGUUGGUAGAGCAUGGCGUUUGCAACGGCAGGGUUGUGGGUUCGAUUCCCAUGGGGGGUAUGAAAAAAUAAAUAAUGUAUGCACUCACUAACUGUGAGUCGCUCUGGAUAAGAGCGUCCGCUAAAUGACUAAAAUGUAAAAAUGUAAUUAUAGAGACCGGUCGUCACAGGCAAACCUGGCUGCCCAGAGAGGACAGGCUGUGCUCCCUCUGUGAUGAGGUGUGAAUGAGUCAGGCGCAGGAGGUAAAACACAGAAAUCCAGAGUUUAUUCAGUGUACAAUAAUGUAGCGCAUAUAGCGACAGAAGGAAACUAGCACAAGGGAAAAUCCACCUUGGCUGCACACAGGGAAAGAGUAGCUCAACCCAGCUACUCACUCUCACAACGAACAAUCACUCACAAAGGACAAGGGGGCAGAGGGAACACUUAUACACAGACUAAUGAGGGAAUGAGUACCAGGUGUGUGUGAUUGACAAGACAAGACAAGACAAAUGGAGCGGUAGUGGCUAGUAAGCCGGUGACGACGAACGCCGAAACCUGCCCGAGCAAGGAGGAGGGGCAGCCUCGGUUGAAUUCGUGACACUCUGCUCCAGGGGAGAGGAAGAGACAGAGCUGCAUUUCCUAUUACACUGUGACAAAUACUCAGACCUAAGAUAAUAUUUUCUUGCCCAAAAUGAUCAUUCAGUACAAAGAAUUUGAAACUAUAAAAUCAAAUAUUUAUUGGGUGAAAAGCCAAAAUGUGCAACCAAAUGUGUCCUCCUGCCACAACCUAAGUGACAGCCAGUGGAAAGUGCAAUGUAAUGUCGAUAUUCUUAGUUUUGUUUUGGCUUUCAUACCAUGGCAUGUGGCUUCUCAGUCAUGUUGAGACUGGUCUACUACUAUUGCUUUAAUGUAUUGUUAUUCUCAUUAAUAUUGUUGUUGUAGUUGCUGUUAAUGGUAAUCCCAUUUCCACUACUACUAUUAUUAUUGCUGUUGGUCCCACCAUUUUUUGUUAUAUGUAUACUUUGACAAUGUACGUAAUUUAACUUGCCGUGUCAAUAAAGUCUAUUGAAUUGAAUUGAGAGAGAGGGGGGGGGGGGGGGGGGGGGGGGGGGGGAGGAAGGCGAGAGAGAGAGAGAGAGAGAGAUACAGAGAUAUAAGUAAUGGGUAAACUAUACUAUCACAGCAUAGUAUAGUAUAGUUUACCCAUAGCUUAUCACAGUAUAGUAUAGUUUACCCAUAGCUUAUCACAGUAUAGUAAAGUAUUGUUUACCCAUAGCUUAUCAUAGCAUAUUAUAGUAUAGUAUACCCAUAGCUUAUCACUGUCACGUUCGUUCAAUGACGGGUCAGACCAAGGCGCAGCGUGAUAUGCGUACAUGUUUAUUUAACUUAUAAACACAACGACUAAACAACAAACGAAACGAAACGUGAAGUCCAAAGGUAGAACACACAACAUACCUUACACGGAACAAGAUCCCACAACUCACUAGUGCCAAACGGCUGCCUAAGUAUGGUCCCCAAUCAGAGACAACGAGCGACAGCUGCCUCUGAUUGGGAACCACACCGGCCAACAUAGAACUAUACAUACUAGACAAGCCACAUAGAUAAUACACAACAAAGAAUAUACACACCCUGACUCAAUAUAUACGAGUCCCCUGAGUCAGGGCGUGACAGUACCCCCCCCCCCCCCCCCCCCCCCCCCCCCCCCCAAAGGUGCGGACUCCGACCGCACAACCUUCACCUAACAGUGUAGGGGCCGGGUGGACAUUCCGCCUCGGAGGCGGAUCCGGCUCCGUGCGUGACGACCACAUACUCUCCGCCUCCCUGUUGCGCCCCUGGUCUGAUCUGGACCUCGGCGCGCUGCUUCCCCUCUCCUUCCUCCCACGAUACUCCAGGCCCUGUCUGGACCCUGGUGUGGGAGACCCCGAACCUGGAGACGGGCUGACGUCAUGGUCUGGACUGGAGCCGCUGACCGGAGCUGGACCGUGCACCGGUGGAGCAGACUGCUCAGGCUCCAGACUGGAGCCGCUGACCGGAGCUGGACUGGGCACCGGUGGAGCGGACUGCUCUGGCUCCGGAGUGGAGCCGCUGACCGGAGCUGGACCAGACGACGGUGGGACGGGCUGCUCAGGCUCCGGACUGGAGCCGCUGACCGGAGCUGGACUGGACCCCGGUGGAGCGGACUGCUCUGGCUCCGGAGUGGAGCAGCUGACCGGAGCUGGAUCAGGCACCGGUGGAGCGGACUGCACUGGCUCCAGAGUGGAGCCGCUGACCGGAGCUGGACUGGACCCCGGUGGAGUGGACUACUCUGGCUCCGGAGUGGAGCAGCUGACCGGAGCUGGAUCAGGCACCGGUGGAGCGGACUACUCUGGCUCCGGAGUGGAGCCGCUGACCGGUGCCGGACCAGGCACCGGUAGAACGGGCAUGGGCCGUGCCGGACUGGACACACGCACCACUGGUCUGGUGCGAGGAGCAGGAACGGGCCGGGCCGGACUGGCGACGUGCACCACUGUUUUGGUGCGAGGAGCAGGAACAGGCCGGGCCGGACUGGUGACACGCACCACUGGCUUGGUGCGAGGAGCAGGAACAGGCCAGGCCGGACUGUGGUGGCGGACUGGAGGUCUGGAGCGGAGAGCUGGCACAACGCGUCCUGGCUGGGUGCCUACUUCCGCACAGUAUGUGUGAGGCAUCAGCACAGGACGCACUGGGCUGUGCACGCGCUCUGGCGAUACAGUUCGUAGAACCGGCGCAGGAUAUGCGGGACCGAGGAGGCGUACUGGAGACCAGGAGCGUUGACCCGGCACACCUCGUCCUGGCUGGAUGCCCAUCUUCGCACGGCACGUGUGUGGUGCAAGCACAGGACGUACAGGACUGUGCCGGCGCACUGGCGACACAGUACGUAGCUCCGCAUAGCACGGAGCCUGCCCAGUCACACGCUUCCUCUCAUGAGUACGGGGAGUUGGCUCUGCUCUGACACUAGGCUCCGCCAACCACCCCGUGUGCCCCCCAAAUAUUAUCUUGGGGCUGCUUCUCGGGCUUCCUCCUCGACCGGCCUCCUCUGUGUUGCCGUUGCUCCUCUCCUGCCUGGGCAUCUACCUUAGCCCAUGGUCCUUUCCCCGCAAAUAUCUCUUCCCAUGACCAUAAAUUGCCCACCUGUGACAUGGCUAUUCGCUCCGCCUGGGCACGCUGCUUGGUCCUCGAGUGGUGGGAUCAUCUGUCACGUUCGUUCAAUGACGGGUCAGACCAAGGCGCAGCGUGAUAUGCGUACAUGUUUAUUUAACUUAUAAACACAACGACAAAACAACAAGCGAAACGAAACGUGAAGUCCAAAGGUAGAACACACAACAUACCUUACACGGAACAAGAUCCCACAACUCACUAGUGCCAAACGGCUGCCUAAGUAUGAUCCCCAAUCAGAGACAACGAGCGACAGCUGCCUCUGAUUGGGAACCACACCGGCCAACAUAGAACUAUACAUACUAGACAAGCCACAUAGAUAAUACACAACAAAGAAUAUACACACCCUGACUCAACAUGUACGAGUCCCCUGAGUCAGGGCGUGACAAUCACAGUAUAGUAUAGUUUACCCAUAGUUUAUCACAGUAUAGUAUAGUAUAGUUUACCCAUAGCUUAUCACAGUAUAGUAUAGUUUACCCAUAGCUUAUCAAAGUAUAGUAUAGUUUACCAUAGCUUAUCACAGUAUAGUAUAGUAUAGCUUACCCAUAUCUUAUCACAGUUUAGUAUAGUAUAGUUUACCCAUAGCUUAUCACAGUAUAGUAUAGUAUAGUAUAGUAUAGCUUACCCAUAGCCUAUCACAGUUUAGUAUAGUAUAGUUUAUCCAUAGCUUAUCACAGUAUAGUAUAGUAUAGUUUACCCAUAGUUUAUCACAGUAUAGUAUGGUAUAGUUUACCAUAUCUUAUCACAGUAUAGUAUAGUUUACCCAUAGCUUAUCACAGUAUAGUAUAGUAUAGUUUACCCAUAGCUUAUCACAGUAUAGUAUAGUUUACCCAUAGCUUAUCACAGUAUAGUAAAGUAUUGUUUACCCAUUGUUUAUCAUAGCAUAUUAUAGUAUAGCAUAUUUUACCCAUAGCAUAUGACACUAUAGUAUAGUAUAGUUUACCAAUAGCUUACCACAGUAUAGUAUAGUAUAGUUUACACAUAGCUUAUCACAGUAUAGUAUAGUUUACCCAUAGCUUAUCACAGUAUAGUAUAGUAUAGUUUAACCAUAGCUUAUCAAAUUAUAGUAUAGUAUAGUUUACCCAUAGUUUAUCACAGUAUAGUAUAGUAUAGUUUACCAUAUCUUAUCACAGUAUAGUAUAGUAUAGUUUACCCAUAGCUUAUCACAGUAUAGUAUAGUUUACGCAUAGGUUAUCACAGUAUAGUAAAGUAUUGUUUACCCAUAGCUUAUCAUAGCAUAUUAUAGUAUAGUAUAUUUUACCCAUAGCUUAUCACAUUAUAGUAUAGUAUAGUUUACCUACAACUUAUCACAGUAUAGUAUAUUAUAGUUUACCCAUAGCAUAUCACAUCAUAGUAUAGUAUAGUAUAUUUUACCCAUAGCAUAUCACACUAUAGUAUAUUUUACACAUAGCUUAUCACAGUAUACUAUAGUUUACCCAUAGCUUAUCACAGUAUAGUAUAGUAGAGGACAGUAUAGUUUACCCAUAGCUUAUCACAGUAUAGUAUAGUAUAGUUUACCCAUAGCUUAUCACAGCAUAUUAUAGUAUAGUUUACCCAUAGCUUAUCACAAUAUAGUAUAGUUUACCCAUAGCUUAUCACAGUAUAUUAUAGUAUAGUUUACCCAUAGCUUAUCACAGUAUAUUAUAGUAUAGUUUACCCAUAGCUUAUCACAGUAUAGUAUAGUUUACCCAUAGCUUAUCACAGUAUAUUAUAGUUUACCCAUAGCUUAUCACAGUAUAGUAUAGUUUACCCAUAGCUUAUCACAGUAUUUUUUCCCUUUGUGUUUGUGGGUUCUUGUUCCGUGUUGGUCUAUGUUUACCUAGGACGUUACGAGUCGUUUGUUGUUUUUGUUUACUGUCCGUGUUUAUCGCUAAUGAUAAAUAAACAUGUUCGUUCAUCACGCUGCGCCUUGGUCUACUUCCUACGACGAUCGUGACAGAAGAACCCACCAUACCAGGACCAAGCAGCGUGUCCAGGAGCAGGCAGCCUGGACGUGGGAGCAGAUUUUGGACGGGCAGGGGUCCUGGACCUGGGAGGAAAUCCUGGCCGGGAUGGAUCGCCGGCCAUGGAGUGAGACAGUGGAGAGGCGACGGAGAGAGGAGCAACGGCGUGAUCAGUGUCGUCGUCGGACGGUCGAGACGCAACCCAAUUUUUUUUUUAGGGGGGGGCACAGGGCAUGGACGACGGGGCUGACAGAGGCAGAAAAGGGGCGUAUUCAGAAGGCCACCAGGUUAUGGGGGCCACUGGUCAAAGUAGGGAAAGAAGGUUUAGAGGCACGGCGAGAGGUACUGGGGUGUGUUACCAGUCCGGUCCGGCCCGUUCCAGAUCCCGGGGUAGAGCCAGUGGUGUGUGUCCCCAGUACGGUCCGGCCUGUUACGGCCCCUCGCACCAAAUGUACGGUGUGCGUCACCAGCCCGGUCCGGCCUGUUCCUGCCCCUCGCACCAAGCCUACGGUGCGCGUCGCCAGCCCGGUCCGGCCUGUUCCUGCCACUCGCACCAAAUCUACGGUGCGCGUCGCCAGCCCGGCCCGGCCUGUUCCUGCCCCUCGCACCAAGCCUACGGUGUGCGUCGCCAGCCCGGCCCGGCCUGUUCCUGCCACUCGCACCAAGCCUACGGUGUGCGUCGCCAGCCCGGCCCGGCCUGUUCCUGCCCCUCGCACCAAGCCUAAGGUGUGCGUCGCCAGUCCGGCCCAGCCUGUUCCUGCCACUCGCACCAAGCCUACGGUGUGCGUCGCCAGCCCGGCCCAGCCUGUUCCUGCCACUCGCACCAAGCCUACGGUGCGCGUCGCCAGCCCGGCCUGUUCCUGCCACUCGCACCAAGCCUACGGUGCGCGUCGCCAGCCCGGCCCGGCCUGUUCCUGCUCCUCGCACCAAACCUACGAUGUGCAUCGCCAGACCGGCCCGGCCUGUUCCUGCCACUCGCACCAAGUCUACGGUGCGCGUCGCCAGCCCGGCCCGGCCUGUUCCUGCCACUCGCACCAAGCCUACGGUGCGCGUCGCCAGCCCGGCCCGGCCUGUUCCUGCUCCUCGCACCAAACCUACGAUGUGCGUCGCCAGCCCGGCCCGGCCUGUUCCUGCCACUCGCACCAAAGCUACAGUGCGCGUCGCCAGCCCGGCCCGGCCUGCUCCUGCCACUCGCACCAAGCCAGGGUUGCGAGUCGUCAGCCUGGUCCAGAACGUUCCUGCUACUCGCACCAAGCCAGGGGUGCGAGUUGUCAGCCUGGUCCAGCCCGUUCCUGCUACUCGCACCAAGCCAGGGGUGCGAGUCGUCAGCCUGGUAAAGCCCGUUGCUGCUCCACGCACCAAGCCAGGGGUGCGAGUCGUCAGCCCGGUAAAGCCCGUUCCGGCUCCACGCACCAAGCCAGGGGUGCGCAUCGUCAGCCCGGUCCGGCCCGUUGCUGCUCCACGCACCAAGCCAGGGGUGCGAGUCGUCAGCCUGGUAAGGCCCGUUCCUGCUCUACGCACCAAGCCAGGGGUGCGUAUCGUCAGCCCGGUCCGGUCCGUUCCUGCUCCACGCACCAAGCCAGGGGUGCGUAUCGUCAGCCCGGUCUGGCCCGUUGCUGCUCCACGCACCAAGCCAGGGGUGCGCAUCGUCAGCCCGGUCCGGUCCGUUCCUGCCUCACGCACCAAGCCAGGGGUGCGCGUCGUCAGUCCGGCACAACCAGUGCCUGGGUCAUCGGUGCCUAAUCAGGUACCGCUCAACUGCUCCACAACGGAGCUGAAGCUAACCGCUCCUGCUACGUCCAGUUCAGCUCCAGCCAGCGGGGCCAGACCGGACCAGGGGCGCUAUGGGGGGAGUAUUGGAGGGUGGUGGGCAAGCCCGGAGCCAGAACCGCCGCCGAGGAGGAAUACCCACCCAGUCCUCCCCUGUUUUGCUCUAGUUGAGGCGCGGUCGCAGUCCGCGCCUUUAGGGGGGGGUACUGUCACACCCUGGCUCUGGGACUCUAUAUGUUGAGCCAGGGUGUGUUCAUUCUAUGUGUUAUAUUUCUAUGUUGGGGGUUCUAGUUAUUCUGUUUCUAUGUUGGCCUGAGUGACUCCCAAUCAGAGGCAACGAGUGUCAGCUGUGGCUGGUUGUCUCUGAUUGGGAGCCAUAUUUAAACUGUCUGUUUUUCCCUUUGUGUUUGUGGGUUCUUGUUCCGUGUUGGUCUAUGUUUACCUAGGACGUUACGAGUCGUUUGUUGUUUUUGUUUACUGUCCGUGUUUAUCGCUAAUGAUAAAUAAACAUGUUCGUUCAUCACGCUGCGCCUUGGUCUACUUCCUACGACGAUCGUGACAAGUAUAGUAUAGUUUACCCAUAGCUUAUCACAGUAUAGUAUAGUUUACCAAUAGCUUAUCACAGUAUAGUAUAGUAUAGUUUAUCAUAUCCGGGACCACCCAAAUGUAUGCGCACAUGACUGUAGUCGCUUUGGAUAAAAGCGUCUGCUAAAUGGCAUAUUAUAUUAUUAUAUUAUUAUAUUAUAUCUUAUCACAGUAUAGUAUAGUUUACCCAUAGCUUAUCACAGUAUAGUAUAGUAUAGUUUACCCAUAGCUUAUCACAGUAUAGUAUAGUUUACCCAUAGCUUAUCACAGUAUAGUAAAGUAUUGUUUACCCAUAUUUUAUCAUAGCAUAUUAUAGUAUAAUAUAUUUUACUCAGAGCAUAUCACACUAUAGUAUAGUAUAGUUUACCCAUAGCUUAUCACAGUAUAGUAUAGUUUACCCAUAGCUUAUCACAGUAUAGUAUAGUUUAGUUUACCCAUAGCUUAUCACAGUAUAGUAUAGUAUAGUAUAGUUUACCCAUAGCUUAUCACAGUAUAGUAUAGUAUAGUUUACCCAUAGUUUAUCACAGUAUAGUAUAGUAUAGUUUACCAUAUCUUAUCACAGUACAGUAUAGUUUACCCAUAGCUUAUCACAGUAUAGUAUAGUAUAGUAUAGUUUACCCAUAGCUUAUCACAUUAUAGUAGACAAUGUGUUAACAAACCUCCAAACGAGCUUCAAUUCCAUACAACACUCCUUCAGUAGCCUCCAACUGCUCUUAAACACUAGUAAAACUAAAUGCAUGCUCUUCAACCGAACGCUGCUUGCACCCGCCCACCCGACUAGAAUCACUACUCUAGACGGGUCUGACCUAGAGUAUGUGGACAACUACAAAUAUCUAGGUGUCUGGUUAGACUGUAAACUCUCCUUCCAGACUCACAUUAAGAAUCUCCAAUCCAAAGUUAAAUCUAGAAUCGGUUUCCUAUUUCGCAACAAAGCCUCCUUCACUCAUGCUGCCAAACAUGCCCUCGUAAAACUGACUAUCCUACCGAUCCUUGACUUCGGCGAUGUCAUUUACAAAAUAGCCUCCAACACUCUACUCAGCAAAUUGGAUGUUGUCUAUCACAGUGCCAUCCGUUUUGUCUCCAAAGCCCCAUAUAAUACCCACCACUGUGACCUGUACGCUCUUGUUGGCUGGUCCUCACCACAUAUUCGUUGCCAAACCCACUGGCUCCAGGCCAUCUAUAAAUCACUGCUAGGCAAAUCCCCGCCUUAUCUUAGCUCAUUGGUCACCAUAGCAACACCCACCCGUAGUCUGCGCUCCAGCGGGUAUAUCUCACUGGUCAUCCCCAAAGCCAACACCUCCUUUGGCCGCAAUUCCUUCCAGUUCUCUGCUGCCAAUGACUGGAACAAAUUGCAAAAAUCUCUGAAGCUGGAGACACUUAUCUCCCUCACUAACUUUAAGCAUCAGUUGUCAGAGCACCUUACCGAUCACUGCACCUGUACACAGCCCAUCUGAAAUUAGCCCGCCCAACUACCUCAUCCCUAUAUUGUUAUUUAUUUUGCUCAUUUGUACCCCAGUAUCUCUAUUUGCACAUCAUCUCUUGCACAUCAUUCCAGUGUUAAUACUAAAUUGUAAUUAUUUUGCACUAUAGCCUAUUUUAUUGCCUUACCUCCAUAACUUGCUAAAUUUGCACACUGUAUAUUAUAUGUAUUUCUGUUGUAUUUUUGACUUUGUUUUGUUUUACCCCAUAUGUAACUCUGUGUUGUUGUUUUUAUCGCACUGCUUUGCUUUAUCUUGGCCAGGUCGCAGUUGUAAAUGAGAACUUGUUCUCAACUGGUUUACCUGGUUAAAUAAAGGUGAAAAAAUAAAUAAAAUAAAAAUAGUUUACCCAUAGCUUAUCACAGUAUAGUAAAGUAUUGUUUACCCAUAGCUUAUCAUAGCAUAUUAUAGUAUAGUAUAUUUUACCCAUAGCUUAUCACAGUAUAGUAUAGUUUACCCAUAGCUUAUCACAGUAUAGUAUAGUAUAGUUUACCCAUAGCAUAUCAUAGUAUAGUAUAGUAUAUUGUACCCAUUGCAUAUCACACUAUAUUAUAUUUUACCCAUAGCUUAUCACAGUAUAGUAUAGUUUACCCAUAGCUUAUCACAGUAUAGUAUAGUAUAGCUUACCCAUAUCUUAUCACAGUUUAGUAUAGUUUACCCAUAGCUUAUCAAAGUAUAGUAUAGUUUACCAUAGCUUAUCACAGUAUAGUAUAGUAUAGCUUACCCAUAUCUUAUCACAGUUUAGUAUAGUAUAGUUUACCCAUAGCUUAUCACAGUAUAUUAUAGUAUAGUAUAGCUUACCCAUAGCCUAUCACAGUUUAGUAUAGUAUAGUUUAUCCAUAGCUUAUCACAGUAUAGUAUAGUAUAGUUUACCCAUAGUUUAUCACAGUAUAUUAUAGUAUAGUUUACCAUAUCUUAUCACAGUAUAGUAUAGUUUACCCAUAGCUUAUCACAGUAUAGUAUAGUAUAGUUUACCCAUAGCUUAUCACAGUAUAGUAUAGUUUACCCAUAGCUUAUCACAGUAUAGUAAAGUAUUGUUUACCCAUAGCUUAUCAUAGCAUAUUAUAGUAUAGCAUAUUUUACCCAUAGCAUAUGACACUAUAGUAUAGUAUAGUUUACCAAUAGCUUACCACAGUAUAGUAUAGUAUAGUUUACCCAUAGCUUAUCACAGUAUAGUAUAGUUUACCCAUAGCUUAUCACAGUAUAGUAUAGUAUAGUUUAACCAUAGCUUAUCAAAGUAUAGUAUAGUAUAGUUUACCCAUAGUUUAUCACAGUAUAGUAUAGUAUAGUUUACCAUAUCUUAUCACAGUAUAGUAGAGUAUAGUUUACCCAUAGCUUAUCACAGUAUAGUAUAGUUUACCCAUAGCUUAUCACAGUAUAGUAUAGUAUAGUUUAACCAUAGCUUAUCAAAGUAUAGUAUAGUAUAGUUUACCCAUAGUUUAUCACAGUAUAGUAUAGUAUAGUUUACCAUAUCUUAUCACAGUAUAGUAGAGUAUAGUUUACCCAUAGCUUAUCACAGUAUAGUAUAGUUUACACAUAGGUUAUCACAGUAUAGUAAAGUAUUGUUUACCCAUAGCUUAUCAUAGCAUAUUAUAGUAUAGUAUAUUUUACCCAUAGCUUAUCACAUUAUAGUAUAGUAUAGUUUACCUACAGCUUAUCACAGUAUAGUAUAUUAUAGUUUACCCAUAGCAUAUCACAUCAUAGUAUAGUAUAGUAUAUUUUACCCAUAGCAUAUCACACUAUAGUAUAUUUUACACAUAGCUUAUCACAGUAUACUAUAGUUUACCCAUAGCUUAUCACAGUAUAGUAUAGUAGAGGACAGUAUAGUUUACCCAUAGCUUAUCACAGUAUAGUAUAGUAUAGUUUACCCAUAGCUUAUCACAGUAUAUUAUAGUAUAGUUUACCCAUAGCUUAUCACAAUAUAGUAUAGUUUACCCAUAGCUUAUCACAGUAUAUUAUAGUAUAGUUUACCCAUAGCUUAUCACAGUAUAUUAUAGUAUAGUUUACCCAUAGCUUAUCACAGUAUAGUAUAGUUUACCCAUAGCUUAUCACAGUAAAUUAUAGUUUACCCAUAGCUUAUCACAGUAUAGUAUAGUUUACCCAUAGCUUAUCACAGUAUUUUUUCCCUUUGUGUUUGUGGGUUCUUGUUCCGUGUUGGUCUAUGUUUACCUAGGACGUUACCAGUCGUUUGUUGUUUUUGUUUACUGUCCGUGUUUAUCGCUAAUGAUAAAUAAACAUGUUCGUUCAUCACGCUGCUCCUUGGUCUACUUCCUACGACGAUCGUGACAGAAGAACCCACCAUACCAGGACCAAGCAGCGUGUCCAGGAGCAGGCAGCCUGGACGUGGGAGCAGAUUUUGGACGGGCAGGGGUCCUGGACCUGGGAGGAAAUCCUGGCCGGGAUGGAUCGCCGGCCAUGGAGUGAGACAGUGGAGAGGCGACGGAGAGAGGAGCAACGGCGUGAUCAGUGUCGUCGUCGGACGGUCGAGACGCAACCCCACAUUUUUUUUAGGGGGGGGCACAGGGCAUGGACGACGGGGCUGACAGAGGCAGAAAAGGGGCGUAUUCAGAAGGCCACCAGGUUAUGGGGGCCACUGGUCAAAGUAGGGAAAGAAGGUUUAGAGGCACGGCGAGAGGUACUGGGGUGUGUUACCAGUCCGGUCCGGCCCGUUCCAGAUCCCGGGGUAGAGCCAGUGGUGUGUGUCCCCAGUACGGUCCGGCCUGUUACGGCCCCUCGCACCAAAUGUACGGUGUGCGUCACCAGCCCGGUCCGGCCUGUUCCUGCCCCUCGCACCAAGCCUACGGUGCGCGUCGCCAGCCCGGUCCGGCCUGUUCUUGCCACUCGCACCAAAUCUACGGUGCGCGUCGCCAGCCCGGCCCGGCCUGUUCCUGCCCCUCGCACCAAGCCUACGGUGUGCGUCGCCAGCCCGGCCCGGCCUGUUCCUGCCACUCGCACCAAGCCUACGGUGUGCGUCGCCAGCCCGGCCCGGCCUGUUCCUGCCCCUCGCACCAAGCCUAAGGUGUGCGUCGCCAGUCCGGCCCAGCCUGUUCCUGCCACUCGCACCAAGCCUACGGUGUGCGUCGCCAGCCCGGCCCGGCCUGUUCCUGCCACUCGCACCAAGCCAGGGUUGCGAGUCGUCAGCCUGGUCCAGAACGUUCCUGCUACUCGCACCAAGCCAGGGGUGCGAGUCGUCAGCCUGGUCCAGCCCGUUCCUGCUACUCGCACCAAGCCAGGGGUGCGAGUCGUCAGCCUGGUAAAGCCCGUUGCUGCUCCACGCACCAAGCCAGGGGUGCGAGUCGUCAGCCCGGUAAAGCCCGUUCCGGCUCCACGCACCAAGCCAGGGGUGCGCAUCGUCAGCCCGGUCCGGCCCGUUGCUGCUCCACGCACCAAGCCAGGGGUGCGAGUCGUCAGCCUGGUAAGGCCCGUUCCUGCUCUACGCACCAAGCCAGGGGUGCGUAUCGUCAGCCCGGUCCGGUCCGUUCCUGCUCCACGCACCAAGCCAGGGGUGCGUAUCGUCAGCCCGGUCUGGCCCGUUGCUGCUCCACGCACCAAGCCAGGGGUGCGCAUCGUCAGCCCGGUCCGGUCCGUUCCUGCCUCACGCACCAAGCCAGGGGUGCGCGUCGUCAGUCCGGCACAACCAGUGCCUGGGUCAUCGGUGCCUAAUCAGGUACCGCUCAACUGCUCCACAACGGAGCUGAAGCUAACCGCUCCUGCUACGUCCAGUUCAGCUCCAGCCAGCGGGGCCAGACCGGACCAGGGGCGCUAUGGGGGGAGUAUUGGAGGGUGGUGGGCAAGCCCGGAGCCAGAACCGCCGCCGAGGAGGAAUGCCCACCCAGCCCUCCCCUGUUUUGUUCUAGUGGAGGCGCGGUCGCAGUCCGCGCCUUUAGGGGGGGGGUACUGUCACACCCUGGCUCUGGGACUCUAUAUGUUGAGCCAGGGUGUGUUCAUUCUAUGUGUUAUAUUUCUAUGUUGGGUUUCUAGUUGUUCUGUUUCUAUGUUGGCCUGAGUGACUCCCAAUCAGAGGCAACGAGUGUCAGCUGUGGCUGGUUGUCUCUGAUUGGGAGCCAUAUUUAAACUGUCUGUUUUUCCCUUUGUGUUUGUGGGUUCUUGUUCCGUGUUGGUCUAUGUUUACCUAGGACGUUACGAGUCGUUUGUUGUUUUUGUUUACUGUCCGUGUUUAUCGCUAAUGAUAAAUAAACAUGUUCGUUCAUCACGCUGCGCCUUGGUCUACUUCCUACGACGAUCGUGACAAGUAUAGUAUAGUUUACCCAUAGCUUAUCACAGUAUAGUAUAGUUUACCAAUAGCUUAUCACAGUAUAGUAUAGUAUAGUUUAUCAUAUCCGGGACCACCCAAAUGUAUGCGCACAUGACUGUAAGUCGCUUUGGAUAAAAGCGUCUGCUAAAUGGCAUAUUAUAUUAUUAUAUUAUUAUAUUAUAUCUUAUCACAGUAUAGUAUAGUUUACCCAUAGCUUAUCACAGUAUAGUAUAGUAUAGUUUACCCAUAGCUUAUCACAGUAUAGUAUAGUUUACCCAUAGCUUAUCACAGUAUAGUAAAGUAUUGUUUACCUAUAGCUUAUCAUAGCAUAUUAUAGUAUAGUAUAUUUUACUCAGAGCAUAUCACACUAUAGUAUAGUAUAGUUUACCCAUAGCUUAUCACAGUAUAGUAUAGUUUACCCAUAGCUUAUCACAGUAUAGUAUAGUUUAGUUUACCCAUAGCUUAUCACAGUAUAGUAUAGUAUAGUAUAGUUUACCCAUAGCUUAUCACAGUAUAGUAUAGUAUAGUUUACCCAUAGUUUAUCACAGUGUAGUAUAGUAUAGUUUACCAUAUCUUAUCACAGUACAGUAUAGUUUACCCAUAGCUUAUCACAGUAUAGUAUAGUAUAGUAUAGUUUACCCAUAGCUUAUCACAUUAUAGUAGACACUGUGUUAACAAACCUCCAAACGAGCUUCAAUUCCAUACAACACUCCUUCAGUAGCCUCCAACUGCUCUUAAACACUAGUAAAACUAAAUGCAUGCUCUUCAACCGAACGCUGCUUGCACCCGCCCACCCGACUAGAAUCACUACUCUAGACGGGUCUGACCUAGAGUAUGUGGACAACUACAAAUAUCUAGGUGUCUGGUUAGACUGUAAACUCUCCUUCCAGACUCACAUUAAGAAUCUCCAAUCCAAAGUUAAAUCUAGAAUCGGUUUCCUAUUUCGCAACAAAGCCUCCUUCACUCAUGCUGCCAAACAUGCCCUCGUAAAACUGACUAUCCUACCGAUCCUUGACUUCGGCGAUGUCAUUUACAAAAUAGCCUCCAACACUCUACUCAGCAAAUUGGAUGUUGUCUAUCACAGUGCCAUCCGUUUUGUCUCCAAAGCCCCAUAUAAUACCCACCACUGUGACCUGUACGCUCUUGUUGGCUGGUCCUCACCACAUAUUCGUCGCCAAACCCACUGGCUCCAGGCCAUCUAUAAAUCACUGCUAGGCAAAUCCCCGCCUUAUCUUAGCUCAUUGGUCACCAUAGCAACACCCACCCGUAGUCUGCGCUCCAGCGGGUAUAUCUCACUGGUCAUCCCCAAAGCCAACACCUCCUUUGGCCGCAAUUCCUUCCAGUUCUCUGCUGCCAAUGACUGGAACAAAUUGCAAAAAUCUCUGAAGCUGGAGACACUUAUCUCCCUCACUAACUUUAAGCAUCAGUUGUCAGAGCACCUUACCGAUCACUGCACCUGUACACAGCCCAUCUGAAAUUAGCCCGCCCAACUACCUCAUCCCUAUAUUGUUAUUUAUUUUGCUCAUUUUUACCCCAGUAUCUCUAUUUGCACAUCAUCUCUUGCACAUCAUUCCAGUGUUAAUACUAAAUUGUAAUUAUUUUGCACUAUAGCCUAUUUUAUUGCCUUACCUCCAUAACUUGCUAAAUUUGCACACUGUAUAUUAUAUGUAUUUCUGUUGUAUUUUUGACUUUGUUUUGUUUUACCCCAUAUGUAACUCUGUGUUGUUGUUUUUAUCGCACUGCUUUGCUUUAUCUUGGCCAGGUCGCAGUUGUAAAUGAGAACUUGUUCUCAACUGGUUUACCUGGUUAAAUAAAGGUGAAAAAAUAAAUAAAAUAAAAAUAGUUUACCCAUAGCUUAUCACAGUAUAGUAAAGUAUUGUUUACCCAUAGCUUAUCAUAGCAUAUUAUAGUAUAGUAUAUUUUACCCAUAGCUUAUCACAGUAUAGUAUAGUUUACCCAUAGCUUAUCACAGUAUAGUAUAGUAUAGUUUACCCAUAGCAUAUCAUAGUAUAGUAUAGUAUAUUUUACCCAUUGCAUAUCACACUAUAGUAUAUUUUACCCAUAGCUUAUCACAGUAUAGUAUAGUUUACCCAUAGCUUAUCACAGUAUAGUAUAGUAUAGUUUACCCAAAGCUUAUCACAGUAUAGUAUAGUAUAGUAUAGUUUACCCAUAUCUUAUCACAGUAUAGUAUAGUAUAGUUUACCCAUAGCUUAUCGCAGUAUAUUAUAGUACAGUUUACCCAUAGCUUAUCACAGUAUAGUAUAGUUUACCCCUAGCUUAUCACAGUAUAGUAUAGUAUAGUUUACCCAUAGCUUAUCACAGUAUAGUAUAGUUUACCCAUAGCUCAUCACAGUAUAUUAUAGUAUAGUUUACCCAUAGCUUAUCACAGUAUAGUAUAGUAUAGUAUAGUUUACCCAUAGCUUAUCACAGCAUAGUAUAGUAUAGUUUGCCCAUAGCUUAUCAUAGCAUAUUAUAGUAUAGUUUACCCAUAGCUUAUCACAGUAUAGUAUAGUAUGGUAUAGUAUAGUUUACCCAUAGCCUAUUACAUUUACAUUUUACAUUUUAGUCAAUCAGCAGACGCUCUUAUCAAGAGCGACUUACAGUUAGUGAGUGCAUACAUUUUUCAUACUAUCACAGUAUAGUAUAGUAUACAGUGCAUUCAGAAAGAAUUCAGAGCCCUUGACUUUUUCCAUAUGUUAUUACAUUACAGCCUUAUUCUAAAAUUGAUUAAAUUGUUUUUCCCUCUCAUCAAUCUACACGUAAUAUCCCAUAAUGUCAAAGCAAAAACUGUUUUUUAGAAAUUUUUGCAAGACCAAAAAAAUAAACAAACGGACAUAUCAGAUUUAUAUAAUUAUUCAGACCCUUUACUCAGUACUUUGUUGAAGCACCUUUGGCAGCGAUUACAGCCUUGAGUCUUCUUUGGUAUGACGCUACAAGCUUGGCACACCUGUAUUUGGGGAGUUUCUCCCAUUCUUCUCUGCAGAUCCUCUCAAGCUUUGUCAGGUUGGCUGGGGAGCGUUGCUGCACAGCUAUUUUCAGGUCUCUCCAGAGAUGUUCGAUAGGGUUCAAGUCCGGGCUCUGGUUGGGCCAACAAGGACAUUCAGAAACUAUAUAGUAUAGUAUAGUAUAGUAUAUUAUAGUAUAGUAUAGUAUAGUAUAUUAUAGUAUAGUAUAGUAUAGUAUAGUAUAGUAUAGCAUAGUAUAGUACAGUAUAGUGUAGUAUAGUGUAGUAUAUUGUGGUACAGUGUAGUAAAGUGUGGUAUAGUGUAGUGUAGUGUAGUGUAGUAUAGUGUAGUAUAGUGUAGUAUAGUGUAGUUAUAGUGUAGUUAUAGUGUAGUAUAGUGUAGUAUAGUGUAGUAUAGUGUAGUAUAGUGUAGUAUGGUGUAUUAUAGUGUAUUAUAGUAUUGUGUAUUAUAGUGUAGUGUGGUGUAGUAUAUUGUAGUGUAGUGUAGUAUAUUGUAGUAUAGUAUAGUAUAGUAUAUUAUACCCAUAGCUUAUCACAGUAUAUUAUAGUAUAGUAUAGUAUAGUUUGCCCAUAGCUUAGCCGAGCUUACCCACUGUUGGCUCUCCUUAUCCUGCGACUGAGACUAGAAAAACCUUUAGUAAACCGAUACACAGACUAUGAGGAGGCAGUUGAUAUUCUAGGCAUAAGAUUUCAAGUACUGUAUCCUUUCACUUUCAUUGGACUGUUCUCUCACUGCAAUGAUCUGAUGCUCUUUAAAACAAAUAAUAACACUAAAGUUGUUGUUGAUUAAUACUGUUGCUAUCUUUCACUGUUUCCUCAGUCUUCACUUGUCACCGUGAAGUCACCUUUCCUAAGAAGAGCUCAGCAUAAGAGCAGUAGACUCAACACAUAUUUAGUUGUGUGAGUGAGUGGCUACUCUGUCCCCUUGCUUCAAGGGCUAACAGGCUGUGAACUCUCCUUGGCCAGCCACCCCCCAGACCGCCACUCACCUUGACCUCCCCCAGACCCCCCCUCUCCCCCCCUCUCCCCCCCAGACUCUCAGGCCCAGUCUCCCCAUAUCUAGCCCAGGCCUGGGGGGUUGUUCACCCCAGACUCCCUUCUCCCCCCUCUCCCUCCAGACUCUCUUCCCCCUCUGCUUUCAAAAGCUCUCUGUGUCACCAGACUGAUUAAAACAAACAGCGGUCUUAUUUUGGUAUCUAAUCGAAUAGUACUCCUUUUCUUUAUGUCAGCUCUGGAGUACGCAGAGUAUUAGGUGUCCAUGGAAUCCACAACUCUCCCCAACCCCCUCCCCCAGCCCCCCUAACCCUCCCCUCCAUGACUGAUCUUAGAUUUCAAACACUGGAGGACAUCACAUAUUGUAGGCAAAGAGUAAAUACAGACUUAUUAAAAUUCCUUUUUAGCCUCCAUGUGUAAACAGGAUAUGUGCUAUACAGAGGAGGCUAGUGGGAGGAGCUAUAGGAGGACAGGCUCAAUAUAAUGGCUGGAAUGGAAUAAAUGGAACGGAGUCAAACGUGUGGUUUCCAUAUGUUUGAUGUGUUUGAUACCGUUGCAUUUAUUCCAUUCCAGUCUUUAUAAUGAGCCCGUCCUCCUAUAGCUCCUAUCUAUUCCCUACAGCGCAGAAUGUUGACAACAACAUGUGUUUCUCAUAGUUUGGUAUAGGAUCAGGGGAUGGAAGGGACGUUUUCUGAGGUUGACCCGUUAUCUGGGGUUGGAUGGGGUUGGGGGAAAUAGAGUAGACUAGUGUUUAUUGUUAUAUUAAUGUUGAGCACGUCGGGCUCUGCCAGAUCAGGACUCCCUCUUUGACCUGCAAGGAAAAGCCAAGAGAGCAGUAUCCAGGUGCAUCUAAUAAAACACUGUGUGUGUGUCUGUCUGUCUCUCUGUCUGUUUGAGCCCUGGUCAAAAGUAGGGCGCCAUACAGGGAACAGGGUGCCAUUUGGGACUCAGGCGUGGUGUGCUGGGGUGUCCACUCUUGUGAAUAGCACACAUAAAGUAUGUCAAUAAAACUAAAACUAUGUACGACUUUGAGAUUGGCCGUUGUGCUGGAUGUUGCAGUUAGAAGUCAGACAAGGAUGGUACGUUUUUCUGGUUAGAGCUGGUUAGAGCUGGUUAGGGCUGGUUAGGGCUGGUUAGGGCUGGUUAGGGAUGGUUAGGGAUGGUUAGGGAUGGUUAGGGCUGGUUAGGGCUGGUUAGGGCUGGUUAGGGCUGGUUAGGGAUGGUUAGGGCUGGUUAGGGCUGGUUAGGGCUGGUUAGGGCUGGUUAGGGCUUUAUAUUUGCAAAAGUGAAGAAUAAAUGGGUUCCAAAAGUACUUAUAAACAAACUGGACAUAAAUGAUCUCGUCAGAGCACCUAACCCAGGCCUCAAUAAUGCCUGUUGGCAAUUUGCAUGAACAGGAACAAGUUUUUCCCAACCUUCCUGUCUGACCCAAACAGGAAAUGAGGGGUUAAAAUACCUUCUUCUUCUUCUUCUUCUGUGAGAUUUUAUGGUGUAUUGUUGUAUUGUCACCACCAACUAGACAGUGGUGAAAAAAAUUCCAUUACGGAUAAAUAAAAAACAUGAAUCCACACCUAUUACAAUAAAAACAAUUUAAAAACGUAUUAAAAAACAUCCCACUCCUUCAGUCAUUCAAACACUAUAACUCCCUACACAGGCUCUGGGGCCUGCAAGGGUGGGACCACACCAGACAGAACUCCAAAUCUUUUAAUCCUAGAAAUCAUUCAGCUUGAGCAGUGCCGUUUACCACCAUUUCUAUAAAAGUAAUAGGAGACUCUCUCAACUGCCCUGAUUUUGGUAACCUCGGUCUCUUUCACCCUCCUGGGGGCAUUCAACGGAUUUCGCUUCAUGAUCUCCACCACAGUUACAUUUUGUUCCUUGUCCAUUCUCUUCUGCCAAACCAUCUCCUUCAUAAUGGCCUUUCCCACAUAUCCCAUAUCUCGGCUUCUCCAUCUGCAUACGCUUGAUACAUGUCCACACAUUUUACAGUGGGUAGCCUACAUUGCAAAGGUAUGUGAAUAAACAGGGUAGUUCCCAAAUCCCAGCUGCACUCGGAUAGGGAGAAACUAAUCAAAACACAAGAACAGGUUAAAAUACCUUUGACCCAUAAUGCAUUUCACCAUGGAACAUACCAAUUCACAUUUUUCCCAACAAUCCUAUCAACAGGUUGGCGUGAACCACAACACAAUUUAAACAUGGCGCUCUCAAACUCACAUCCAUUUGCCUGUCACAAUCUCCGACCAGGAAACAUGAAGACAAGGAAGUUAAUAGCCGACUGUGGUACCGCAGGCAUUGUUAGCAGAAAACAUGAUCUCCAAUAACAGUAAAUGGAAAAAUUGCAAUCUUCUUAUUUAUCUUUGUGCAAAUAAACAAAUAUUUUGAAGAGAAUCAUGGUACCAAUAAUUGCUUCUAAUACACCGGAUGUAUGUCUUUGAACUGGUUAUUUUUCAAUCGCACACAGAAGAAGUUAGUUGCUAAUGGCAGCCUUCAGUACCCCCGUCGGCCUUCAACUUGAGAUCCUCAGUGAGAGGGGGCAGCACUGAGAUAGCCUGCAACGUCACUUCCUGGAAUAGCUUUACUUGGCUCAUCACGCUCUAGACAUUCCUUGUGGCGGGCCGGGCGCCUGCAAGCUGACUUCGGUCGUCAGUUGAACGGUGUUCCUCCGACACAUUGGUGCAGCUGUCUUCCGGGUUAAGCGAGCGGGUGUUAAGAAGCGUGGUUCGGGGUGUCAUGUUUUGGAGGACGCAUAACUCGACCUUCGCAUCUCCCGAGCCCGUUGGGGAGUUGCAACGAUGAGACAAGAUCGUAAUCAUGAAAUUGGGGAAAAAAGGUGGGGAAAAUAAAUAAAUAUAGAAAUCAGCUCCGUGACCACAAUUUUUAAUUAAACAUAGAUAAAAGGAAAGCAUGGGUAAAAUGUAAUUGAAGUACAGCUACAUAAGGACAUACAAAACCUACAUAAAGUCAUUCAAAUAGGCUACACAAUUAGGCUAUGAAAUGCCUAUAAACUGACACUUACAGAACCAUCUAGUGGGGAUGUAGCGACAUCCCUCUAAAUAGAAACCAUGAGUGAAUAAUUGUUGUAAAACCAAAGCAAAGAUACAACAUAUUCAAAAUGAAAGGUUCUUUGUUUUAGGUCAGCAGUGAGUUGGCUACUACAGAACUAUAAUUCACUCUCUCUGAGAAAAGCACACAGAUUAACAAUUCUACACAAUAAGAUGAAUGUCUUGUCAAAAAUAUUUCCAUAGGUGAACCCUCAACGUAUGGAAAAAUAGCUUUUAUUCCAACCUCGCAGCUCUGUUCUGUGGUGUGUAGGCUCUAGGAAGUGAAAUAUUACCUUACCCUCUUAUAAUGAUCAUCCAUUUUCUCUACUGUCAGGCCGAAACCCAGGAGGCUUUAUUAUGGGGGGGGACUUCAAUAGAACGAGAGGAGAGGACUGGUCCUAAAAUAUACGACUGGAAUCAUUCCUUCUAAUGGCCUGAGCCGUGCUAGUUCAGAUGUAAAGGGUGUGUGUGUGCGUAAGUAAUUGUGGGAGAGUCUGUAUUAACCCCAAAAACUGUAUGUCAAACCCUCCAGACCACAGUGUUUUAUGGCCAUGCCACUGCACUAUGCAGGGUGGAAGUAGAGUUGUUUAUGGUUUAACUAACAGCACGUUGGCUUUGGUUGUUGUGGCUGAGUUUAAUGCAAAGAAGAUGACUUUUCCCCCAAUGUCUGGCACCUUGGAGGAAUAACUGACACUUUAUUUAAAUGUAUUGAAUCACUAAUCAUUUGAACUGUCUUAGAGAGUGUUUGUGAGAAGGAUGCUUAAAAUACCGUACAGCUCUGGCUUUAGAAUCAUAGCUUUACUGUCUUCAAGGCGGAAUAGAAGUGUGAUUGUGAACUCUUCUGUGAAAGAUAAGGAACACAGAGGUUGGUCCUGCCCCCAUAGCUAUUAUCAGUAACAGAGACAAUAGCUAUGCCCUUAUCAACCCAUACUCCUGUAAUCAAUAAUGGAAUUGGGUGGGAAGAACAAGGGGAUGAUAACAAUGAUGAAUGAUAAUGGAUGAUGAAUGAUAACAAUGAUGAAUGAUAAUGGAUGAUGAAUGAUAAUGGAUGAUGAAUGAUAAUGGAUGAUGAAUGAUAAUGGAUGAUGAAUGAUAACAGUGAUAUGGAUGUAAUGUAAUGGAUGAUGAUGAUAGUAUGAAUGAUAACAAUGGCUGAUACUCAUGGAUGCUGAUCCAUGAUAUGAUAAUGUGAAUGAUCAUGGCUUGCUAUAUAUGUGUGCACAUGAUGCAUGCAUGAUCUUACAUACUGACAUUUUGACUGCUCCUGUGCUGAUGAUGCUCUGCUGAUGCAUGUACUCUCCUGUCCUGUCUCUGCUCUGUCCUGACUUGCUUUGUCUGGAUGCUCCUGGCUCUGCUGUCUGCCUGCCCUGACUGCUGCCUGUCUGCUCGCCUGCUCUAUCUGCCACUGCUGCUCUCUGCUGCUCUGCUGCUGCACUUGAUGAUGAAUGCUACUGUAUGCUGCCUAAUCUGGCUGCGCUGCUACUGGUGCUGCCUGCUCCUGGCUGCUGCAUGCUCCUGGUGCUGCCUGCUCCUGGCUGCUGCUGCUCCCCUGCUGCCUGCUCCUGGCUGCUGCCUGCUCUCUGGCUGCCUGCUCCUGGAGCUGCUGCUCCUGGCUGCUGCUCUCCUGGCUGCUGCCUGCUCCUGCUGCUGCUGUCCCCCUGCUGCUGCUCCUGGCUGCUGCCUUCUCCUGGUGCUGCAUGCUCCUGCGCUGCCCCUGGCUAUGCUGCUGCUAUGGUCCUGGUGCUCCUGCUCCCCUGCUGCCUGUACCCAUGGCUGCUGCCUGCUCCUCGCGCUGCUGCCUGCUCCUGGUGCUGCCUGCUCCUGGCUGCUGCCUGCUCCCCCUUGCUGCCUGCUCCUGGCUUGCUGCCUCUGCUCCUGAUACCCUGCUGCCUGCUCCUGCUCGUCUCAUGGCUGCUGCCCUGCUCCCCUCGCCUGCUGCUUCUGCUCUCUCUGUGCUUCUCUGCUUCCCCUGCUGCUGCUCUGGAUGCUUCUGUUCCUGGCUGAUUCUGAUACCUGCAGGAUUAUGACUCUGGCUGCUGAAUGUUAAUGGAUGAUGAAUGUUAAUGGAUGAUGCCCACACGGCUGUCGCCACAACAGCGUCUGGCUGGGUCGUUUGUCAUUGUGUGUGUGUGUGUGUGUGUGUAUGUGUGUGUGUGUGCUGAAGGCGCUGGCUACUGGCAAACCGCCAGGUCUGCCACAGGGGCCGUCUCGUCUGAGCCAAUAUAUAUAUAUCACACUGGGUCAGUCCCAAAUUGCACCAUAUCCCCUAUUUAGUGCACUACUUUUGACCCAUAGGCCCACAGGACUGUGGUGAAAAGUAUUGCACUGUAUAGGGGAUAGUGUGUCAUUUGGGACUGAGACGCUGUCUGCUAGCCUUGUUACCUGAGGAGAUAUGAUGGUGUGCUGACUGAGGAGGGUCAGGCACGGACUGGCCAUAGGGCAGUUCUGGCAAAUGCUAGAGGGGCUGGUCAAAUAUAUAUAUAUAUAUAUAUAUAUAUAUAUAUAUAUAUAUAUAUAUAUAUAUAUAUAUAUAUAUAUAUAUACUGUAGAAUGAUUAUUAUUUGGCUAUAAUGGGGGCCUAGAAGGAAAACAAUGGGCCGGUGUAAGGGCCGAUUAGCAGCCUAUAAAGGCACUGUUAUGUGUCCAGAGUGUUGACCGUGUGUGUGUAUGCCUUCGUGCAUGCGUGCGUGCGUGUGUGUGUGUGUGUGUGUGUGUGUGUGUGUGUGUGUGUGUGUGUGUGUGUGUGUGUGAGAGAGAGAUGGCUGAGCUUUGGCUGGCUGUAGCACAGAUGGUCGUGAAGUCACUACACUGA